UGCAUGAUAAUCCAUUUAAAAGUUGCUUCCCUAAAGUGUUUUGUCGGCGGGAUAACUGAAAUGUUUAAUAUUUAAUUGUUUCUUCAUUCUAAGGAUCAUAAAAUAUCAAUUCAUUAAUUGAGCUUGUCACCAUCUAGACUCGCGGUGCCGACUCUAUGAGAUAAUAGUAUAUUUAUGUAUGAGGAGUCGCUUAUUCCAGAGAGUUUUUACAGAAGCGAGUGUUUUUCAGCUAUUAUAUAUUUAUAUAUAAUAUAUCUGGAAAUAAACUCAUCAAAUAGAGCAUGGAUAUACAUAAUAUUUACGAUAAAAUAAGUUAAAAAAUUCUUAACUUUUAUUUUGUCCCAGCGAAAUACGCUAAAAAAAAUGUGACACGCGGAAAUUGAAAAUUUUUUAUGAAUUUUUGGGCUUCAUUCGAUUCGACAAUCAUUUUAUUUUUCUGAUCAAAUUACUUUUUCCAACUCCCGCAGCUAUAAUAAAACCGGGAAUUUAUGCAUAUUCUCAUGCAUUCGAUCGCGAUCAGCUGAUUUUUUCAUAAAAUUUUCGUACAAAAAUGUGUUCGUGUUUUUACUUAUUCACGGCAGGGGAUUGUGCAGGUUACGGCGCAAACGCUGACAAGAUGGCGCCCGUUGUCGAAAUCGUUUCGUUAUCACGGGGACUUUUAAAAAGAUUUAGUCAAAAAUGUAACGUUAAUUAUAAUUUUUUGUUAAUUCGAAGGAACCAUCACGAUGAAGUGCAAACGAACGAUGAAAAUUAUGACAUCGUUAUCGCCGGUGGUGGGAUGGUUGGCACAACUCUUGCCGUUGCCUUAGCCAAUAAUAGAAAACUUGAGUCUAAACGCAUAUUAUUACUGGAGGGUGGUAAAAAGCUCGAGCACAGAUGCCAAGAGAUAUAUUCUAAUCGAGUUGUCGCAUUAAAUCAGCAAACAAGAACUUUGCUGUCAAGUAUCGGAGCAUGGCGACACAUUGAGGCUUCUCGUUAUGCUCCUGUUAAAAAAAUGCAGGUUUGGGAUGCUUGUUCGGACGCCAUGAUAACUUUCAACGAGGAUCAUCUGUCCGAAGAGUUUGCAUACAUAGUAGAAAAUGACCUCCUCCUUGAUGCUGUCAAUAAACAAUUAAAACAACAUUCAUCGGUGAAUGUUGUUUAUGAAGCGAGAGUUGAGGAAGUUUCAUUGCCAAAGAAAAAUAAUGGAAAUGUGAAAAUCGUUUUGCAAAACGGCAGUGAAUUCAAGACAAAACUUCUUGUUGGAGCAGACGGUGCCAAUUCUCGCGUCCGACAGGCAAUGGGCGUGCAAUACGUCAAAUGGAAUUACGAUCAAAUGGGAAUCGUGGCAACGGUCAAGUUGUCAGAGCCUAUGGAGAACGUUGUAGCGUGGCAACGGUUUCUACCUACCGGUCCGGUCGCACUUUUGCCCUUGACAGAUUCGCUUAGCUCACUCGUCUGGUCAGUCAGCACGAAGAGAGCGAAUGAAUUAUCGAAACAAUCGGACGAAGAAUUCGUUGACUGUUUGAACGAGGCUCUUUGGAAAGUUUAUCCAAAAAAUGGAAUCGUUGAAAGCGGUAUGAAGGCUCUUCAACAACUGCUCGAAGGCCUGUCGCUUGACACCGGUAUCGCGAGACAAUUGCCACCUUCGAUAUCGGGAAUCAUUGAAAAUUCACGCGGUGCUUUUCCUUUAGGAUUUGGCCACUCUACCUGUUACGUUAAACCAGGAACGGUGCUCGUAGGGGAUGCUGCUCACAGAGUUCAUCCUCUAGCAGGGCAGGGCGUAAAUUUAGGUUUCGGCGAUGUUAGAGUUUUGGUAAAACUGCUAGCUGAAGCAUCGACGAAUGGAGCAAUAUUUGGCGAUAUGAUGUAUUUGUCAAAAUAUGAGACACUUCGACAGAGGCACAAUGUUCCAACGAUGUUUGCCAUCGACGCUUUGCACAGACUUUAUAAAGGCACCGCAGCUCCAAUCGUUCUGGCGAGAAGCCUUGGUCUUCAAUUGACAAACGCAAUCCCACCUCUAAAGAAAGUUCUCAUGCAGCAUGCUUCGGAUCAAAGUUCGAUCUGUUGAUCGCUACAAAUAUCUUUUAUCCUCUCUCGAUUGUAAUUAUAAAAAAAAUAGCCCAUACGCUUUUUAACGUAUUACGAUGAUUGUAUAUUAACAAUGAAAUAUAAAAAUUAAAAAAAUAUACUGUUCAAUCAGAAAUCAA